AAUCAGACAAAGACGCCCACAGUAUAGAGACAGUAAUCCAAACCCCAAACGCAGCUCAGCUCCAAAUCGUCACCGCCGGAAUGGCUCCGGCCGGCGGAUCCUCCAAGGGACGCCGCCGUGGCAGGAAAACAAACCACCACCACCACCAUCACCGCCACCAGCAGCUGAACUUCAGAUCCCAAAGCAAACUCGCCAAAUCCCGAUCCCAUCAGAACCACCUCUCCAGAGCAAUCGCGCCGCUCAUCUCCGCCGUCGCCGCCGCUCACUCCUUCCUCCUCCGCCACGACCUCCGCCUCUCCCCCGCCCAGUCCCUCCACUUGGAAUCCCUCCUCUCCUCCACCUCCCGUUCCCUCUCCCGCCUCUUCUCCCUCCUCCCCCUCCCCUCCCCCCCAAUCCCUCCGCCGCCGCCUCCGCCGCCGCAGACCUGGUUCGACACCCUCCUCUCCUCGCCGGAAUCCGAUCUCCGAUGGCCCCAGUUCUUCAAUCUUUCCAAACCCUCAUUCACUCUCCUCCUCCGCCUCCUCACCCCUUCUCUCUCCUCCUCCUCCCUCCACCCCCUCCCCCCCAAUGCCGCCCUCGCCGCCACUCUUUUCCGGCUGUCGCACGCAGCCUCCUUCUCCUCCGUCGCCCGCCGCUUCUCCCUCGAUUCUCCGACGGCUUGCCGCGCCUUCUAUUCCGUCUGCAAGGCCAUCGUCGAAAACCUCGGCCAUUUGUUCGAAUUCUCGUCGGAUAUCAAUCGAAUCGUCGUAGGAUUCGGCUGGAUUUCCCUCCCAAAUUGCUGUGGAGUUUUAGGAAUCCAAAGCUUCGAAUUGGAGUCUCCAAUGGCGGCCAAAGAUUCUUUAUUAGUCCAAGCAUUGGUAGACUCCGAAGGGAGGUUCUUAGAUGUCUCCGCCGGCUGGCCCGGCGCGACGAAACCCGACAAUGUCUUAAAAAGAUCGAAGCUUUACCGCGGCAUUGAGGAAUCGAAGGAGUAUAUGAUCGGUCCCUCGUACGAACUAAAUUCGGGAAUGUCGAUUCCCCAAUAUAUAUUAGGCAAUUCGUGUUAUCCCCUUUUGCCAUGGCUAUUAACUCCGUAUUCGAAUCCAAAUAGCUCCUCGAGUUCGUCGGAAAUGGUGUUCAAUAGGGUGCAUCGACGGGGGAUUGAAAUCGCCGGGAAGGCGUUUUCGAAGGUUAAGAAAAGAUGGAAUCUUGUCGCGAAAAAAUGGAAGGGACAAGUCGAGGCGUUUCCGUUUGUAAUUGUCGCGUGUUGUUUGUUACACAAUUUUCUCAUCAAGUGUAGCGAGGUGUUUCCGGAGGACGACGAUGAAAUCAACGAGGGUUGUGUUGUCGGAGCGUAUGAUGGAGACAGCGACGAGAUUGGGAUGAGAAUUCGGGAUGCUCUUGCUUUGCAUUUGGCUCGAUCGAGCCAAAGACCGUAAGCGAUUUUUCGUGUAGCGUUAAUUGUUCGUGUAUAUCGAUUGAAUUGUGGUUGAGUUCGAUUUAAUUCCUGUGUUAUUACCAUCUCUAUCGAUGCUUCGAUUUUCCAUUUCAAAUCGUUUUACGUAUGCUCGUAAUCUACACUUGAACUUAACUAGAAUAUGUCUGCUACAUUUGGCUCGAUCGAGCCAAAGAGCGUAAGCGAUUUUUCGUGUAGCGCUAAUUGUUCGUGUACAUCGAUUGAAUUGUCGUUGAGUUCGAUUGCGUUGUUAAACUUAACUCUUGUGUUAUUACCAUCUCUAUUGAUGCUUCGAUUUACCUUUCCGAAUAGUUUUUGCGUAUGCUCGUAAUCUACACGUUCAUUUUCUUAGAAGAACUUAACUAGAAUACGUCACUACUUGAGUCGAGGGGCGAUGCCGAUAUGUGUUCGAAUACAUUUUCU